GGAAAUGAGGCGUUUGACAGAUACUUAAGGGACAGCCCUAAAGGGCGGGUCUAACGCGAACGAGUUAUUUCCUGGUCACCAACUACAACACGCGAAGAUGAACGUGGGCGUGGCUCACAGCGAGGUCAACCCCAACACGCAGGUGAUGAACAGUCGCGGCAUCUGGCUGGCUUACCUGCUGCUGACCGUCGUGCUGCAUGUGGUCCUGCUCAGCAUUCCUUUCUUCAGCGUGCCGCUCGUCUGGACGCUCACCAACGUCGUACACAACCUGGCGAUGUACCUGUUCCUGCACACAGUGAAGGGAACGCCCUUCGAGACGCCCGAUCAGGGCAAAGCCCGCCUGCUCACGCACUGGGAACAGAUGGACUACGGCAUCCAGUUCACCGCCUCACGCAAAUUCCUCACCAUCUCACCCAUUGUGCUGUACAUUUUGGCCAGUUUCUACACAAAGUACGACGCGACGCAUUUCUUGAUCAACACAUGCUCCCUUCUUAGUGUCCUUUUGCCAAAGUUGCCACAGUUCCAUGGAGUGCGAAUAUUUGGAAUCAACAAAUACUGACAAAUGAACGCUGGAAUGUGACGAAUACAAACACUGGAAUUUCACUGUUUUUUUUUUUUGGGGGGGGUGUUUUUUCUUGCGUUAUUUCCUCUUACGUCUGGAAGCUCUUUGUACUGUAUACAUGUUGAAAAUACUGUGCACUAUUAUCAGUGGGCUUUUAUUCAAUGACAUGAUUUGCUCUUGCUGUGGACAAAGCAACACUUUUAACCUGCAGCAGCUUUGCCCAUUAUUUGAGGAGUAUCAGUUACUGGACCACUCUUUUCCCUUCUUUUUGGGGGGUUUCCCUCAUUAUGGUUUUAGACAGCUUUUAUCUAAAACCAAAAUGAGGACUUUAUGUCUGCAUCAGGACUGGCCGCAAGUCUGUAAAGUUUAGGCUAUUAAUUAAUGUGAAUAGUUUCUUUUCAUUGUGAGAUUCCACCUUUUCAUGUGCGUGUUUUUGUGAACUAUUCUGGUUUGCAUUUUACAUGAAGGCAAUAAAUAUUUGCUUUGCCUAAAAUGAGAAUUGAAUUACUGAACCCCCAGUUAUAAGUGCAUAAACAAUGUAGAGUAACCAUAACCUCAUUUCAGUAUUAUUAGAUAUACACAAUUGCUUCUCCAUUUGAUAGUUAUUACAAAGCGAUUCCACAA